GGAAUUUGGCUAAAAUAGCAUCAAUCUAUUUUAUAAAUACUCAAAGAGUAAAAGGAGUUUUUUUAAUAAUUCAGAGAUGAUCAUUACAAGGGCCAAAUGGCCGAAAUAUAUAAGGAGGGGAGAGGAGGGAAAACACACAAUAUAAUGAAUGCAAAUACAAGGAACCUUCCUACAUCCCUUUAUCAUUCACUAGCUUCCAAUCUUGAGUUGAUAAGGGCUGAUUUUGUUUGACUUUGUCUUGGCUUUGGAGCUGGCUUUGUCUGUCCUGUUGUGGAGGCAAAAAUCACAAAGAAUGAAUGAAAUCCUUUGAUGAUUGUGGUGGAUAUUCUGGCUAAAAAGAGGGGACAAACAAAGAUGGGUGAUGGAUGGUGUAUUGGCCUUAUAUUCUUGGUCAUAUGAGGUGACUGAUUUAGUAGGUGGUGUAUCAACAACAACUCAAAUGUCCCUUGGCUUUUUGUGGUUGUUUAUUCAGCCCUAGUAGGGAACAUAAAGGGGAUAAGAAUGGGGAAUAUCUUGGUUGAUGUUGUGUUGGGAUAAUGAGGGAUAUUUGGCCUGGGAUUUAUAGAAAAGGAUAGAAGGUUUUAUUUGUUUAUUAAAAGGUUUAAAAGAAAGAAAAUAACAACAAACAAAGGUUGUGGUUUACACACUCUUAUUUUCGGCCAGGGCCUAAAAUAGGAGUAGGAAAACUUUAUUUUGAAAAGGAAAUAUUUUGGAUGUUUAGGGAAGGUAUGGAGAGUGUGGGCUCAGCCUAGGAGCUAGUUGUUAAUCAACUCUCAAGGACCAUACACACUUCCCCAACUCCCUCCCUAAAUUUGGCCUAACCACAUUCAAUCCCUACUCCCACUUCAUCCCUUUUCCUAUCAACCAUGUCAAACCGAUCCCGAAGCAUGUCUCAUGAAGAACUUGUGGCCUCAAACGCUGCGUUACAAGCUCAAGUGGAGUACCUAGCCAAAGAAGUGGCUAAGCUCAAAAAACAAAAGAUGUCCAUGCUACGAGAUAGUGAAGAUGAAGAGGAAUCUAGCUCUAGUGCCACCAUGAAAGCUAGGGCUCACGAAAAGUCAUAUUCUGACUUCAAAGUUGAUAUUCCAAUCUUUGAAGGAGAGAAUGACCCGGAUGAAUUUCUUGAGUGGUUAGAGAUGGUGGAACGAGUCUUUGAUUUCAAAGAAGUCUCCGACGACAAGAAGGUCAAGAUUGUGGCCUUAAAAUUCUGCAAGUACGCCUCCACUUGGUGGACGAACACCUGCACCAAACGGAUUCGAAGUGAGAAGCCUCCCGUUGACUCAUGGCAAAAGAUGAGGAGUCUCUUGAAGAAGAAGUUCCUACCCACUGAAUAUUCCCGAGAGAACUUUGCUCAGCUUCAAACGCUUAGGCAAGGUACGAAGUCCGUGGAAGACUACACCCGAGAGUUUGAGGAACUCCUACUCAG